UUUCAUUGAACUGAUAACUACAUCAUGCAGAAGAGUUUAAUAAUAGUUUAUCUCGUAUAAAAAGUCUGCGACGGCUUUCAAAAUCAAAAACUAAUAAUUUAGAGCUUUUUUCACAUCCAAACAUUAAUUAUGAAGUUCUCAACUACUUCUUUAAUAAAAUCUAUGAAAAGCUAUGCUAGAACGCUACGUCAUUCACUGAACAGAAUUACUUGCUAAUAUAAUUCGAAAAACUUUAUACAUCAUCAUCUCAAUAAUCUUACAAAACUGAAGUCAUAAGAGGUCUGUUUCUCCAAGCAAAAAGUAGGUUUGUAACCGGGCUGAUUAGAUCUAUUAUCAGGUUCUUUUAAUUAUAGCUUUAAGAGAAUAACCCUUUCCCUCCAACAGACUUUGGCCUUUGUAAACACCAGUAGAGCAUAAACAGUUCACUUCUUCCUGUGAAUGUUAAAAGUUUUGUAUUGAUCUCUUCCAAAUCUUUAAUGAGCUAGAAGAAGUCCUUGAAUUUUUCGAUAGUAUUCGUCUUGAAAUGGAGGAAUUCUUUGCUAGGGCAUUAAAAACCAUAUUUAUCACUUCAGAGACAGGUUCAAAAUAAAAAUAUUUUAAUGGGUUUAUACAGGUUUUGCAAAUUCUUAAAGGCCAGAGUUUCCGCAAAUAAACAAGGAUCGCUCUGUUUUUAAGUAACUCUCUUUCAAUUCCUUAAGAGGUAAAGUUUCUUUUCAAUCCAUGAGCUUCAUUUUGCAAGGACCUAUCUAAAAUGUCUUCUUAGAAAUACGGCAAAGAGUAAUAUAAAUGCGGUAUCUAUCUUUAGAUGAGCUAUAUUUGGUAGUCAAGUCAUACAUUAGCUGGUCAAUAGACUAUGCUUAGGGUGUAUUAUAGGGUUAGCUUAAAUUUGCAAUCAAUGUCUCCUGAGGUUUUAUGAUUAGGACACUGCUAGGUAAACCUUAAGCACUCUGUUCUAUCAUUUGUUAAAUAUUAUUUUGAAGGGUCAUUAUGUUGUGCAAAAUUGUUUGGUUUUGAAAUAGAAUCCUUAUUGCAUAAUGUUAAUAGAACAGAUAUGAUAAAUCCUUUUUAUUAGUCUUUAGCUUUGGAGGAAGGAACUUGGUCAAAAUUUUUGAUUUC